AUGUUUAAAAACUUUGUUCCAGUGCUUCUAGUCUUUCUCAGUGUUGGGACGGCGAGUCAUACAGCACCCCCUCAGGGAGCCAAAGUUGUGGCCUUGUCUGGGGGACAGUAUAAGUCGCUUCAGGCAGCCAUCGAUUCAAUUAGUAAAACCUCUAUGGCGACGACAACCAUCUUCAUUCAACCCGGAACCUACACGGGUCAGACAAAUAUUACUUCCGGUUAUAAAGGGAGAAUAAUAAUACAAGGAUAUACUCAAAAUGAGCAGAGUUAUCUGGACAACGAGGUCAUUUUGACAAACAAUCUCUCCUCGAUUCUAGCAGGCGGUAAUGUCCAAAGUAGCACCUUGCGCAUACAGUCACCCAAUGUCGCCGUAUACAAUCUCCGCGUUGAGAAUACCGCAGGCGCUGGCAGUCCUGCCCAUGCGCUUACGGUUUCUGCCAGUCAUGUCGGGUUCUAUGGCUGUGCCUUCAAGGGCUAUCAGGACACGGUGUAUGGGCAGUACACAGACACCCUGAUGAAAUCCUCCUACGUUGAAGGCGCAACAGAUUUUAUAUACGGCGGCCGUAACUGUACCUUUUGGCUGGAAAACUGUGACAUCGCCUUCAACCGGGACACCGGCGGCUACAUCACGGCAUCGGGCCGCGAAAGCGAUGACGAUGCCUGGUAUGUCAUAAACGGAUCGCAGGUCUUCGCCAAACCUGGCAUCAGCGUCAAGGCUGGUAGUGUCUAUCUUGGACGUCCUUGGCGUGCAUAUGCCCGGGUAGUUUAUCAGAACACAAACCUAAGCAACAUCAUUAGCCCACAAGGCUGGAACCCAUGGGACAAGAGUGAUGAUCUCAGUCACAUCUACUAUGCCGAGUAUCUUAAUGCUGGCUCUGGAGCCAAUAUUAGUCAGCGCGUUCCGUGGUACCAUCAACUCAGCAGCCCUAUCUCCAUGGACACUGCCAUGCCGGGCUGGGAGGCUUGGGUCGAUCAAUCCUACUAGGGAUGGGAGUUACGCAGUUGAAGGAUGGG